AUGGGGUUGCCUUCACUCUGUGGUUGCCUUCACUCUGGGGUUGCCUUCACUCUGUGGUUGCCUUCACUCUGGGGUUGCCUUCACUCUGUGGUUGCCUUCACUCUGUCUUGUCUUCACUCUGGGGUUGCCUUCACUCUGGGGUUGUCUUCACUCUGUGGUUACCUUCACCCUGGGGUUGCCUUCACUCUGGGGUUGCCUUCACUCUGGGGUUGUCUUCACUCUGGGGUUGCCUUCACUCUGGGGUUGCCUUCACUCUGGGGUUGUCUUCACUCUGGGGUUGCCUUCACUCUGGGGUUGCCUUCACUCUGGGGUUGCCUUCACUCUGGGGUUGCCUUCACUCUGGGGUUGCCUUCACUCUGGGGUUGCCUUCACUCUGUGGUUGUCUUCACUCUGUGGUUGCCUUCACUCUGUGGUUGUCUUCACUCUGUGGUUGUCUUCACUCUGGGGUUGCCUUCACUCUGGGGUUGCCUUCACUCUGGAGUUGUCUUCACUCUGGGGUUGCCUUCACUCUGGGGUUGCCUUCACUCUGGAGUUGUCUUCACUCUGGGGUUGCCUUCACUCUGGGGUUGCCUUCACUCUGGGGUUGCCUUCACUUCACUCUGUGGUUGUCUUCACUCUGGGGUUGCCUUCACUCUGGGGUUGCCUUCACUCUGGGGUUGUCUUCACUCUGUGGUUGCCUUCACUAAUGGGGUUGCCUUCACUCUGGGGUUGCCUUCACUCUGGGGUUGCCUUCACUCUGGGGUUGCCUUCACUCUGGGGUUGCCUUCACUCUGGGGUUGCCUUCACUCUGGGGUUGCCUUCACUCUGGGGUUGUCUUCACUCUGGGGUUGCCUUCACUCUGGGGUUGCCUUCUCUCUGGAGUUGCUUUCACUCUGUGGUUGCCUUCACUCUGUGGUUGCUUUCACUCUGUGGUUGCCUUCACUCUGUGGUUGCCUUCACUUUGGGGUUGGCUUCACUCUGGGGUUGCCUUCACUCUGGGGUUGCCUUCACUCUGGAGUUGUCUUCACUCUGGGGUUGCCUUCACUCUGGGGUUGCCUUCACUCUGGAGUUGUCUUCACUCUGGGGUUGCCUUCACUCUGGGGUUGCCUUCACUCUGGGGUUGCCUUCACUUCACUCUGUGGUUGUCUUCACUCUGGGGUUGCCUUCACUCUGGGGUUGCCUUCACUCUGGGGUUGUCUUCACUCUGUGGUUGCCUUCACUAAUGGGGUUGCCUUCACUCUGGGGUUGCCUUCACUCUGGGGUUGCCUUCACUCUGGGGUUGCCUUCACUCUGGGGUUGCCUUCACUCUGGGGUUGCCUUCACUCUGGGGUUGUCUUCACUCUGGGGUUGCCUUCACUCUGGGGUUGCCUUCUCUCUGGAGUUGCUUUCACUCUGUGGUUGCCUUCACUCUGUGGUUGCUUUCACUCUGUGGUUGCCUUCACUCUGUGGUUGCCUUCACUUUGGGGUUGGCUUCACUCUGGGGUUGCUUUCACUCUGUGGUUGCCUUCACUCUGUGGUUGCCUUCACUCUGUGGUUGCCUUCACUCUGUGGUUGCUUUCACUCUGUGGUUGCUUUCACUCUGUGGUUGCCUUCACUCUGUGGUUGCUUUUACUCUGUGGUUGCCUUCACUCUGUGGUUGCCUUCACUCUGGAGUUGCCUUCACUCUCUGGGGUUGCCUUCACUCUGGGGUUGUCUUCACUCUGUCGUUGCCUUCACUCUGGGGUUGCCUUCACUCUGUCGUUGCCUUCACUCUGUCGUUGCCUUCACUCUGGGGUUGUCUUCACUCUGUCGUUACCUUCACUCUGGGGUUGCCUUCACUCUGGGGUUGCCUUCACUCUGUGGUUGCCUUCACUCUGGGGUUGCCUUCACUCUGGGGUUGUCUUCACUCUGUCGUUGCCUUCACUCUGGGGUUGCCUUCACUCUGUCGUUGCCUUCACUCUGUCGUUGCCUUCACUCUGGGGUUGUCUUCACUCUGUCGUUACCUUCACUCUGGGGUUGCCUUCACUCUGGGGUUGUCUUCACUCUGUGGUUGCCUUCACUAAUGGGGUUGCCUUCACUCUGGGGUUGCCUUUCACUCUGGGGUUGCCUUCACUCUGGGGUUGCCUUCACUCUGGGGUUGCCUUCACUCUGGGGUUGCCUUCACUCUGGGGUUGUCUUCACUCUGGGGUUGCCUUCACUCUGGGGUUGCCUUCUCUCUGGAGUUGCUUUCACUCUGUGGUUGCCUUCACUCUGUGGUUGCUUUCACUCUGUGGUUGCCUUCACUCUGUGGUUGCCUUCACUUUGGGGUUGGCUUCACUCUGGGGUUGCUUUCACUCUGUGGUUGCCUUCACUCUGUGGUUGCCUUCACUCUGUGGUUGCCUUCACUCUGUGGUUGCCUUCACUCUGUGGUUGCUUUCACUCUGUGGUUGCCUUCACUCUGUGGUUGCUUUUACUCUGUGGUUGCCUUCACUCUGUGGUUGCCUUCACUCUGGAGUUGCCUUCACUCUCUGGGGUUGCCUUCACUCUGGGGUUGUCUUCACUCUGUCGUUGCCUUCACUCUGGGGUUGCCUUCACUCUGUCGUUGCCUUCACUCUGUCGUUACCUUCACUCUGGGGUUGCCUUCACUUUGGGGAUGCCUUCACUUUGGGGUUGCCUUCACUUUGGGGUUGCCUUCACUCUGGGGUUGCCUUCACUAAUGGGGUUGCCUUCACUAAUGGGGUUGCCUUCACUAAUGGGGUUGCCUUCACUCUGUCGUUGCCUUCACUCUGGGGUUGCCUUCACUCUGUGGUUGCCUUCACUCUGGGGUUGCCUUCACUCUGUGGUUGCCUUCACUCUGUCGUUGCCUUCACUCUGUCGUUGCCUUCACUCUGGGGUUGUCUUCACUCUGGGGUUGCCUUCACUCUGGGGUUGCCUUCACUCUGGGGUUGCCUUCACUCUGGGGUUGUCUUCACUCUGGGGUUGUCUUCACUCUGGGGUUACCUUCAGUAG